ACAUCAACAUCAAAAUGUAAACACCCGUCUCUCCAUCAAAUUUUGACCUAGAUUUUAAAUUUUGUUGUUUUAAUUUUGUCUCAUUUUGUUUUUAAAAUUCAACAACCAUGACCGCGAAAUUGUUCCAAUUUUUCAAUUGUCGCAUUUUACGAAACAGUGCAAUAAUUAAAGAGGACUUGUGGGUCCGAAACGGCAAAAUAAUCAAUCCCGAAAAAAUCUUCUUUGACGAACGAAAUCAAGCAGAUGAAAAAAUUGACUGUCGAAAUGCCAUUAUCAGUCCGGGGUUCAUUGACUUGCAAAUUAAUGGUGGAUAUGGAGUCGACUUCUCUUACGAUGUGGAUACAGUUGAACAAGGAAUUAAUCGAGUCGCCAAGGGUUUGUUGAAAGAUGGAGUGACGUCGUUUUGUCCAACUGUUGUGACAAAUCCGAAAGAAGUUUAUGCCAAAGUUUUGCCACGGAUUAAGAGAAAUGCAGGAGGAUCUCAUGGAGCGACAGUUUUAGGAGUUCACGUUGAAGGACCUUUUAUUAAUGUUGACAAGAAGGGAGCUCAUCCACAGGAAUGCAUUUUGGAGUUGACUGAGGGAUUUAAAACGCUUGAAGAGACCUAUGGCUGUUUAGACAACGUCAGUAUCGUAACAUUAGCUCCCGAAAAGGAAAAUGCCAACGAAACUAUUCGAGAAUUAACAAAACGUAACAUCAUCACAUCUUUAGGACAUUCCAUGGGCGAUUUGUCCCACGGAGAGAAAGCUGUCAAAAGCGGUGCUCGGUUUAUCACGCAUUUAUUUAACGCCAUGUUGCCUUUUCAUCAUCGAGACCCAGGUCUCGUUGGUCUCCUCGCCUCCGAUGCCAUUCCCGGAAUUAUCUACUACGGCAUCAUCGCCGAUGGAGUUCACACCCAUCCAGCAGCCCUUCGCAUCGCUUAUCGCACCCAUCCGAAGGGCGUCGUGCUCGUAACUGACGCCAUUUCGCCCAUGGGACUCGAGGAAGGCGUUCAUCGCAUCGGAAAAAUGACCGUAGAAAUCCGAAAUCAUCAGGCUUACGUCGCGGGAACGAAUACUUUAUGCGGCAGCAUCACUCCGAUGGAUGCUUGUGUUCGAUUUUUCAAACGAGCCACAAAUUGCGGCAACGUUUUCGCCUUGGAAGCGGCAACUUUGCAUCCGGCCCAAUGUAUGGGCAUCGAAAACCAAAAGGGAACCUUGAAUUUUGGAGCUGACGCGGACUUUGUGCUGCUGGAUGACGAUCUGAACGUUUUGGCAACUUACAUUGCGGGAGAACGGGUGUACCAAAAACACUGAGAUUUUAAAUUUUAAGACGAUUUGAGGAGAUUUACAUGUAUUUUAUCACAAAAAAAGACGCUUGCUAAAGAAAUUUUAUAAUUUU